UUAAGCGGGCAUGUGUGCCUGUGGGGCUUACCUCACAAUGGGAAGGACACAGCAACGUGGUCGGAUAAACAUUUUGUCACACUGGAGCCGUUUGCCUAGAAGACCGACCAGUUGGAGAAACGGAUUAACAUAACCUGUCAAUUAUCCUUCAUGCUCAAAUAUUUGUCCAAAACACGAACUAUCUUUCAGAAACGCCAGCUGUCAACAGCAGCAUCGGUGAUCAACAUGUGGAAAUCUCAAUUAGAAUCCCAUGUUGAUCAUUCGCAGGACCAUAUAGGCGCUUCUCAAUUCAACCUUUUGGCAAACACGUUAGACGAUCCUUUGACAGAAUUCAAGCACGACAACAUACCUCCCGAAGGCACAAUAAUACCACCGGCAUGGCAUUUGGUUUACUUUCCACCGAGGUUCACAGAAAGUGAAUUGGCGUCGGACGGAUACGAGGUCAAUUUUAAGCCCCCCAAGCCCUUUGUUCAUCGAAUGUGGGCAGGGGCAAAACUGGAGUGGAGUCGAGAUAAUUUACUGAGAGUUGGACAAAAGGCCACGAUGAAAUCAAAAUUAGCUGAUGUUCAGGUCAAUGCCGGUCGUAGGGGCGAAUCUGCAUUUGUGUGGAUUGAUAAAGACAUCUAUAACGAGCAAGGCUGGUCCAUGAAAGAAACUCGAUGUUUGGUGUAUGUGCAGGAACCCACAGAUGGAGGUGACAAGGCCACACCUGCGAGACGUAUCAAAGUCAGCAAGGCUCCUGAGUUCUCACUUCGUUUCGACCCCACACCGAUGACACUCUUCAGAUAUUCAGCCUUGACUUUCAACUCUCAUCUUAUACACUAUGAUCACAUCUAUGCUACCACCGUGGAGCACCACCCAGGAACAUUCGAUACACCACCCCAUAUUAAAUCUUUCCAAUAUAAGUGUUUAAGUCCGGUGUAUGCCGACCAGCCUUUCAAUGUUUGCGGACGAGAAAUGUCUUCAAGCACCGAGAAGGAAAAAUCCUUUGAACUAUGGAUUGCUGAUCGUGAUGGCAACAUGGCGGUAAAAGGGACUUGCGAUGUACAAUUGUGAUAUUCAUAUUAAAAACAAAUAUCUGAAAAGUAUGGAAAAAGGGAUUUUGGGAAAAGAAAAAAAAAAAGAGCAUGUUUAUCGCUUAUGAAUACUUGUAUGAAACAGACCAAAUUGAGCUGAUAUAGGAUUUGGUUCGAUAGAAGAGGA